UGUGACUGAUCAUUAUUUUCAGUACUUUAGUUGCUUCUGUCAUCUCUCUCCGGUUAAAAAUGUUUACCAGGCAGAAGCAACAGUCGCCGGCGCCGCCGGUUUCUCUCUCUAUGUUUAUCUUAUUUAUAGUCAUUUCCGGCUGUGCCAAUGCCGGAAAAUCCCCUCCAGGUCCCAUCAAAACGGUGGUGGUUCUGGUAAUGGAGAAUCGCUCAUUUGACCACAUGCUCGGCUGGAUGAAAUCCUUGAACCCUGAAAUCAAUGGCGUCACAGGAUCUGAAUCCAACCCAACCUCUACUUCCGACCCGAAUUCAUCCCGUGUCUAUUUUCAGAACCAGUCUCAUUACGUUGAUCCCGAUCCGGGCCAUUCUUUCCAGGCCAUUCGGGAACAGAUAUUCGGAUCCAACGACACCUCAGCUAAUCCGCCUCCGAUGAAUGGGUUUGCUCAACAAGCUCUAUCAAUGCAACCAGACAUGCCACAAGCAGUCAUGAAUGGGUUCAAUCCGGAUAAGGUUGCUGUCUACAAAUCUUUGGUGUCUGAAUUCGCAGUGUUCGAUCGGUGGUUCGCUUCUGUUCCGACAUCAACUCAGCCGAAUCGACUCUACGUUCACUCCGGCACAUCGGCCGGCGCCACCACCAACAAACCGAUUCUACUCGCAAGAGGGUAUCCUCAGAAAACGAUUUUUGAAAGCCUGGAUGAAGCCGGUUACUCAUUUGGAAUAUACUAUCAAGAUGUGCCGGCGACUCUGUUCUACAGGAACUUGAGAAAGCUCAAGUAUGUGUUUAAAUUUCAUCAAUACGAUUCGACCUUUAAGAAAGACGCCGCCAAGGGGAAAUUGCCUAAUUAUGCGGUGGUGGAGCAGCAUUACACCGAUACAAAAAAUAAUCCGGCCACCGACGACCAUCCAUCGCACGACGUCUACCGGGGACAAAUGUUGGUGAAGGAGGUGUAUGAAACUCUGAGGGCUAGUCCGCAGUGGAACGAAACCCUUUUGAUAAUCACUUAUGAUGAACACGGCGGUUUCUUUGAUCAUGUUCCUACUCCUGUCCGUGGUGUCCCGAGCCCAGAUGAUAUUGUCGGACCCGAACCCUUUUUCUUCAAAUUCGACCGGUUGGGUGUCCGGGUUCCCACAAUCAUGGUCUCACCUUGGAUCCAAAAAGGAACCGUUGUGCAUGGGCCCAAUGGGAAUCCAUCUGCAACCUCAGAAUACGAGCAUUCAUCAAUCCCAGGAACAAUGAAGAAGAUAUUCAAUCUACCCAACUUUCUCACCAAGAGAGAUUCAUGGGCUGGCACCUUCGAGGGAAUUCUCCAAACAAAGGAGCCAAGAACCGACUGCCCUGUAACAUUGCCGAUGCCAGUGCCGAUAAGACAAACCGAGGCCAACGAGGAAGCGAAGUUAACGGAAUUCCAGCAGGAGUUGGUUCAGCUGGCUGCGGUGUUGAAAGGAGAGAACAUUCUGGGAAGUAUUUCAAAUAAGAUUGAGAAGGAGAUGAAUGUUAAAGAAGGGAAAGUGUAUAUGCAAGAAGCAAUGGAAGGGUUUGUUGAGGCAGGGAUUGCAGCUACUUCAAUGGGAGUUGAUUCUGAACAGAUUGUGCACAUGAGGCCUUCUCUUACCACAAGGCAUUUCAAAACAGUUCAUUAAUUUAAUUACUAUCUAGGUCUAGGACUAUAUCAUAUUACAGGACCUGGUGUAUUAUAAACCUAUCAAAUCAUAGUCAUGAUCAGAUCGUUAAAUAUAUGCAGUAUUACUAAUUCAAUUCAUUUUUUUGCUUUA